GUUGCUGACCGCGAUUGCAUCAUGGACACUUCGAAUAACCGCAAGUCGCUGCGGCUCAUGCCUCUGAGGCCUGUGCUUAUCUGACAGCAUAGGUCUUGAAAUACGAUGAAUGCCCGAAUGCGGAAGAUUCUGCGCUGCUACUCAUCCUGCCAGCACGAUAAUCUGCGACGAUGGUGGGCGUCCCUGGAAGGUCCAAAGGCUGCGUGACAUGCAGAAAAAGGAAGAAGGGAUGCGACCUGCAACGUCCUGCAUGCGGCCAAUGCCUUGAGCGGAAGAUCAAAUGUGGAGGCUACGACUUGGAUCGCGUCUUCAUUACUAGCAAGUAUGAGCCUCUAUCACCUCCGGCUAGCGUGCGCGUUGUGCAACGGCGAGACCCUACAUUGGAUCUGGUGGCAAUUACGGCUUCUACCUACCACGCGAUACCUCCCUCUCUGGCUCAGACGGCGUUCAGUAUGAAAAGUAUGGAGGCUGUCUUCGGCCUGUUUCCUGCGCAUCAAGAUGCAGGAGGCGCCCUGCAACUGGUCAAUCAGUUUUCAAAGCUCCUAGCGACUCUGAGCGUGCGAGAAGAGGCACUGCGCCAGACGAUCUUCGCUGUCGGGUUAGUCACACUCGGAAAGGGAUCCAAUAACCAGGUUGUGCUCCGCAGAGGGCGGAUGCUGUAUGGGAAGGCGCUGCAGGAGCUAAGGAUGUCGCUGCAGAACCCCAACCGACGAGCGAUCGAGGCCCUCCUCGCUACGACUAGGCUUAUGGGGCUCUACGAAAUCCUAUAUGGAGCUGACGCAGACGAAACUAUCUCACAACAGGCACGGAACUGGAUGAGCCAUGCACAAGGCGAAAUCGCUCUGAUAGUCUCGCGGGGACCUCAAGCAUUCACCACCGACACUGCACAUCUCAUAUUUACACUUGCACGCUAUGAUUCCGCCAUUACCGGAAUCCGGUCACGGAAGCCAAUUGUAUUCAACGAGGAGCAAUGGAAGACGAUUCCGUGGCAAGGAAGAGUGAAGACUGCAAGUGAUACCAUCAUCGACACCCUCCUGGAGCUGCCAGGGAUUCUUGCAGAAUUGGAUUACCUGGACUGCAUGUCACUUGACGAUAAGCGAUUCAAUCCUCUGAGACUCAAGGCGACAGCGGAGUGCUGGGCGGUGCACUGCAACCUCAACGCAUGGAUUGCAAAGAAUUCCCACGAGGUGUACACGCCAGAUAUUGAAGCACCUAUUCCACUCGAGUUUCCAAACUUGGGCGUCGCAUCGAUAUCCCUUCGCUACUGGAUAACAGCAACCAUACUGUACCAAUGUCUUGACCGUGCUUUGCGAUUCUCGGUGAACGACACUCUCCCACCCUAUCUCAAUCGUCCUCAUGGCCGACCAUUCGCCCGUCUCAUUGUGCGAUCAGUCGCUUGGCUUUUUAGAAAGGACAAUGGCGUUACCGGGCCAUCUGCCGUAUCUUUCCCUCUUGGCGUAGCUCUGAUGUACCUGCGGCAGAGCGAAGUGCCCGAUACGGAAUACAUGAAACUUGUGUUCGACGUAUGGAAUGAUCCAGAGUGGCCAAGUUCGAUCAAGGAUUUUCUGAGAAGUAUGGGCAGCGCGAUCAAGUUGCCAACAUGGAACCUACCAGAGAACCCUGUCACAUGGUCAACAAGCGAGCUGAAGCCGAUAUUCGACAUUGACGGGAAUGCACUUCCUGGACCAUUCGAAAAGCCAUCAAGAUUUGAAUUGAUGUAAACAUUAUAUGUAACUGCGUGAGCAGUGUCGGUCGGAGACUGUGAUCAACGAGUGUAUUGCUAUCUGUUGUCGUGUUGUGUGAUGUUGUGUUGUUCAAGCUCUCAGCUCUCAGCUCUCAGGUAAGUGCACUUGCCCACCGGGCAGUGCCUGCUAAAAUAGAAUAUCAUGUGAUC